CCUCGAGGGGGCCGCCAUGGAGGGCGGCGCGGCGGAGCGGGCCGCCCGCUUCGGGAGGUGGAAGGCGCAGGCCCUGGGCAAGGCGGACGGGAGCCGGAAGGGGAGCGUGGACGCGGCGGUGGCGGAGCUGGUGCGCUCCCUCAACCAGCGGGCCCGCUUCUUCACCACCAGCUCCUGCGCCGGAAGGCUGCUGCUCCUCCAGCGGGACAGUGAUCAUUUUGAAAUACAGAAACAAAACUGUUCCUGGCUCUUGGUCACUCACCAACUCCUUGGAAGAGAGGAUUUGAUUCUAGCUCUGCAGAAAGCUAGUGGCGAUGCAGUGUUGAAAUUUGAACCAUUCGUUCUUCACGUGCAGUGUCGAGAGCUGCAGGACGCCCAACUUCUGCACUCUGUGGCCAUAGAGUCUGGAUUCAGGAAUUCUGGUAUUACGGUUGGAAGAAAAGGAAAGACUAUGAUGGCUGUCAGGAGUACCCACGUUUUGGAAGUUCCACUAAGCCACAAGGGAAAACUGAUGGUAAGUCAGGAAUAUAUCGACUUCCUGAUACAAAUCGCCAAUGAAAAAAUGGAAGAAAACAAGAGGAGAAUCGAAAGGUUUUAUAGUCGUCUCCAACUGGCUUUGAAAACCGAAGAGACCCCGAAUAACGCAACAGCAGAGAAAACUCCUGUUGUGUAUACCCGCAGGCGAAAAAGAAAUCCAGAAAGAGCGCAGGACAGCCGUGUCUCCCCAGAGAAAGCUGACGCGCGGUUAGAAAGCGAUGGUGAUUCAGAAAUCGAUCUCGGUUUUUUCCUUGAAAAGUAUUAGUGGGCGUAGUUUGAAUAAAACUGUCUUGCUGCA